AUGAUGUGCUGCAUUUUCUUUUCCUUCGUCUCUGUAGGCGCCUCCUUCAAAGUCCCAGGGCACAAGCCCACUGACCGGGAAAAGAAAAUCUUGCUAUGGACAGGCCGAUACAAGAAAGCAGAGGACAUACCCGAAACAGUGUCAUUUGAGAUGAUUGAGGCAGCCAAGAACAAGAUCCGUGUGCAGAUCAGCUACCUGAUGAUUACCUUGACAAUCUUGGGCUGCAUAGUGAUGGUAAUUACAGGGAAGCAGGCUGUUGGAAGACAUGAAUCCCUGACAAGCCAGAACAUGGAGAAAAAAGCUCGCUGGAGAGAGGAGGCAGCCCAGAGUGCUUCUGCCAAGCCAUGAACCAAACAGAAGGCGGGUUUUCACUUCCCGGUUACAGAACAGCUUCCGGAGGAAUGCAUUUUCAUUAGUCGCUCACGUCUUGCUUUCCACCUCACAGAAAGAAUAAAUUAUUUUGUAGUAAUGUUUUCUGAUGAAGUGUCCAUACUUUGCCACCAUCAAAUAACUAUAAAUUCUUUUUCUGAAGGCUAAAUCUGUGUCUUAUUGCAUAUGACUUGUAAAACACACAUUUAUGUAUCCGUAUGUGAUAGGCCUGUCCAAGCUGCAGAACUAACUGCCAAGUGGUUAGCAGUAUGUGGGAUUUUUAAUGUGAUAGCACAAAUAUCUUAGCACACUGUACUGGUUUGGAAUUCAAUACUUUAAUCCUGUUGUGCAAAUGUACUUUAUGAAAUGAAUAUAUGUACAUUUGCAACAACAUCCACAAACUCUGUGGUUUUUUUUUUACACUAACCUUUAACAACUGUUGCAAGCUUCUACAUAACGUAAUAAAGGUAUCACUGAUGGA